GGCGGCGCUGUGUCAGCUCAAGGUUGUCCCACUAAGAGCGCCUACACUUCCGUUUCCGAGAGGCAGGGAGCCGCAAUAUCAACAGCCACAUACAGAUUUAGUCAAUAACAUACAACUCGUAACAUUAAAAGCGGAGUCUGAGGAUGUCGGGACUGAAGCGUCCUGCCGACCCCAGCGGUCCCUCGUCUUCCGGUGCCCCCCCUGAGAAGCGGAGGGAGAGGGAAGGAGAGGACGGAGCUGCCGGUGUCAGCGCCGCUGCCGGGGGGAGCACCGCGGUGGAGACAGUCAUCAAACUGGGAGGAGUGUCCAACUCCGAAGAGCAAGACAUCAAAGCUCUCCAGGCUAAGAACCGAAAAUUAGGAGAAUCUCUUGAUCAGAGACAGGUGAUUGAGGAUGAAUUGCGAGAGCGAAUUGAGAGACUAGAGACGCGGCAGGCCACUGAUGAUGCCAGUCUGCUGAUCCUCAACAGAUACUGGAACCAGUUUGAUGAAAACGUUAAACUGACCAUCAGGCGUUAUGAUCAAGCAAGCAGCGAACCUGAGAAAUCUCUGGCUGGGGAGGGACGGAGCCUCAAGCCGGAAACUCCAGAACCUGAUGGCGACUCCAACCAGGAGCGGGCCAAGGAUAGAGGCAAUCAGGGAGAGACAAACAACUCUUUCCUGGCAACGCUGGCGAGCAGCAGCAGUGAGGAGAUGGAGGCUGAGCUUCAGGAGAGGGUGGAGUCCAGCCUGAAGCAGGCCAGUCACGUGGUGGAGAUCUACGAGUGUCUGAAGAGGACCGUGGACCAACUGAAGGCAGAGCUGGACCCUGGAGCAGAGGGCAGUCUAUGGCAGGCGGCUUUCAAACUGAAUUCCCUCCUGACCAGCGAAAACAAGCGGCUGCAACAGCUGACUGAGGACCUUAAGCAGAAGCACAUUCACAUGACGAGCGAGUCUCGGCCCCUGGGUCGUGCAGCUAACAAAGCGGACCAGCGUGUCAGCGAGCUGCAGGUUCUGAUCGAGGAGCUCCAGUGGGACAUGGAGAAGAUCCGCCGCCGAGAAAACCGACUAAAUGCACACCUGACUGAGAUACUGGAGAGGGUGAACAGCAAAGGCUAUAAGGUGUGUGGAGAAGCCAGCAGCGUUUGUGGGACCAUCACUAUUAACAAGAGAAAGUUUGAAGAAAUGAACAGCGAUAUGGAGGAGAACACGGAGCUGGCAGACAACCGCCUGGUUGAGCUGCAGAAGCUCCAGCAGGACCUGCAGAGUGUGCACCAGGAAAACAACAACAUGAAGACGGAGCUGCUGAGUCGAGCGGAAGGCGUGGUAAGGGAGACUUCUGAGUAUCGCUGCCUGCAGUCACAGUUUUCUGUGCUCUACAACGAGUCUCUGAUCCUCAAGGCCCAAUUAGAUGAGACACGCGCUCGUCUCAACACUACCAGGACGGCGAGGCUUCGACAGCUGGAGCACAUGGAGAAUGAUGAGGUGGCUCUGCAGAGGAAGGUUCGUACAGAAGUGUUUCAGCUGGAGGACACGCUGGCUCAGGUCAGGAAGGAGUACGAGAUGCUGCGCAUCGAAUUUGAACAGACUCUCGCUGCCAACGAGCAAGCAGGUCCUAUCAACAGGGAGAUGCGUCACCUGAUCAGCACGCUGCAAACCCACAACCAGCAGAUGAAGGGAGAGGUGGUGAAAUACAAGAUUAGACUGAGAGAGACACAAGCUGAGCUCAACCAGGUCCGCGCUUCAAAGGGCAACGCCAUCCUCCAAUCCCAGUCGAGCACAGAGAUGGACGUGAAGGAUGAGAUAACCUCUCCAUCGACCCCAGCCAUCUCUGGGGAACCUGUGGUCAAGACAGAGCCUGACAACGGCUCCUCCACACCCAGCAGCACUGGAGCCUCGGUGAAAACGGAGCCUGGAGUAGAACCCGAGGCCACCGUUAAAGAGGAGGAGAAAGACGAAAAGAAAGAGAAGGAGGACAAGAAAGAAAAAGACAUUAUAAAGAAAGAGGAGAAAGACCGAGAGCGGGAGAAAGAGAAGGAAAGGGAGAGAGAGAGGCCGACCCGGGGCGGUGGGAGCAGCAGCGCGAUAAAGGAAGAGAAGGAGAAGCCGGGGAGCAGCAGCCAACCAGAGGAGUCAGCCGGGGAGCGCCUAACUAUGGUCGGAGGGUCAAAGAGGAAAGAGAUGGAGCAGCUGAAGAUCGUCCGAGCGGAACUCAAGAAAGCCCAGGAGUCCCAGAGGGAGAUGAAGCUGCUGCUGGACAUGUACCGCUCAGCACCAAAGGAGCAGAGGGACAAAGUCCAGCUCAUGGCUGCAGAGAAGAAGUCCAAGUCAGAGGGAGAAGAGCUGCGGCAGAGGCUGAGGGAGCUGGAGGAGAGGGAGAGGAGGGAGGGUAAGAAAAUGGCCGACGAAGAGGCUCUGAGGAAGAUCCGCUCUGUGGAGGAGCAGAUCGAUAUCCUCAACAAGAAGCUCUCUAUAGCCAAACAGGAGGAGGACGCGCUGCUGAGCGAGAUGGACGUGACGGGCCAGGCCUUCGAGGACAUGCAGGAACAGAACAUCCGUCUGAUGCAGCAGCUCAGGGAAAAAGACGAUGCCAACUUCAAGCUGAUGAGCGAGCGGAUCAAGUCCAACCAGAUCCACAAGCUGCUAAAAGAGGAGAAGGAGGAGCUCGCCGACCAACUGCUCACUUUAAAAACUCAGGUGGAUGCCCAGCUACAAGUGGUGAGGAAGCUUGAGGAAAAGGAGCGCCUCCUACAGGGCACCAUCAGCACUGCUGAGAGAGAGUUGGCACUUCGUACACAAGCUUUGGACAUGAACAAACGCAAGGCUCAGGAGUCUGCGUUGCAGUCGGAGGAUUUGCGAACUCAGCUGGAGCAGGUACAGCAGAGGCUCAACCUGGUCAGAGAGGAAGUCAUAGAGAACAGCAUCUCCAGGGAGAAAGAGUCCUUUAACGCACGACGAGCACAGGAGGACAUCUCCAAACUAAGGGGAAAGAUCGAGAAGGCCAAGAAACCGGCUGAGAAAAUCAGCAAUGGAGAUGAUAUCCUAAAUGAAGAAAUCAAUGACUAUAAGGCACGCUUAACGUGUCCGUGCUGCAACUCUCGGGUGAAGGAUGCAGUACUCACAAAGUGCUUCCACGUCUUCUGCUUCGAGUGCGUCAAGACACGCUACGACACACGCCAGAGGAAGUGCCCCAAGUGCAACGCCGCCUUUGGAGCAAACGACUUCCAUCGCAUAUACAUCGGCUAAAGCUGCGUUUUUACCGCAGAUACUUGCAAGGAAAAGGGUCAAAAAAAAAGCAGUAGUACAAAUGGUGCUGGGAGCAAGACUCAACACUGCACUCACAGAUCUCCUCUGAACAUGUACCUCCCAUGCUCCUGUACGUGUAUACAGGAUACCAUCAGUGUGAUUAUCUCCAGAAUAUUCCAGUUUCGAAAGGAAGAGUAGUGAUGCUCUGAACAGAACGCUUUCAAAUUUGUUUAGUUUUUUUUUGUUUUUUGUUUUUUUUACAAUGACUGAAUUCAGCUUCUAUCCACUACUUUACUGUAUGUUCAGAUACUGGUCCAGGGAGAAUGUGUGUGUGUGUGUGUGUGUGUGUGUGUGUGUGUGUGUGUGUGUGCGCGCAUUUGAGAACAGACAGGCAAUUACACAAACCAGUAUACAAAGAAAAAAAAUAGUACAGUGAGAAAACAAAGUGUAGUGGCUGUUUGUAUUGUGUGUGUGUGUGUGUGUCAUUGUGUUUUUUUCUUAUCUUUUUUUUUUUUUAAUUCUUGCUGUCCUGAAAUCUCUCAAAUCUGACUCGAUGCUGUGUUAAUUGCUGUUCUGUUAGUUAUUAAAAUGACAUCUCAAUUGUCCGAGUUCUUCUUCCAUUUCACUAUUUUUUUCCAAAUCUAUUUGAUCAAUUUUUCAAAUUCUGUGAAUAAUCUUAAUAGUUGACCUGGAGUAUUAAACCACAAAUCCCAGUGUGCAAAUCUCUGUUUAUCCGUGUGCAGCGCCUUCCUCUACCCCUCCUCUUCCUCUUUCUCCCUGAGAAUUCAGACGUGUUUGCACACUGGGAGCUGUCGUCAGAUACGCUGGAAGGAAGGGAGCGUCAUGCGGGGACAGCGACAAGGGAGUGUGUUUUUUUUUUUUUUUUUAAAGGGUGUGCAACGUAAUCCAUCUCAGCAGAGUAUUUGAUGCAAGCUCAGAAACAAAGGAGCACCAAACUUGUGGAGCUCAGCGCCGAAAUAAGAAGCUUUAAGACUCGUGGUCAGCUCAACACGUUUCUACCGUUUUCUUUUACGCGCAAAACUACAAUAAAUAAAACUUUAGAAGGCAUUUCUGCACUAUAUCUUUUUUUUUUUUUUCUUUAUGUUGCAUCUGACGAUCAAAUAUCUCGAUCGCUGCUGGAUCUUAAGCCUUUAACUGUUUCUAACCAAAUAUAGCCACUCUUAAUGCUGGAGUGUCCUUGACGGAGCUGAGCGCUCCUAAAUUGGAUAUUUGCAUCGCUGCCAAAGUCUAGAAUUACAUUUUCAGAUCAUUUUGAGUCGUUACGGUGUGUUUUUUUAACCAAAACAUUUGAUCUAAUUCGUAAAUUGGACACUUAUUCAGUUGGUGUGGUCAUUUAGAAGCUGGUGCGGUUUUUAAAAUUUUUCUGCCUAUUGUCAACUGCAGCGUUCGUGUU